AUGUUAAUUCCUUAAGCAAGUCAAGAACAGGAGGCUUUCCUCUAUAAGAAGAGGGAGCGAAAUGACAAGAGGCAAGGCACGAGAAAUAUUAGAAAAUAGGAGGAAACCUUGGGUUGUUUGCAAUGGAGGUGGCGCUAAAAAGGGCUGUGGUUGUUGAAGAGGAGAGAAGACCAAAGGGUGUUGGCGAUGAAGAGGGCGGAGAGACUGGAAAGGUUCGGGUUCGGUUUGGAACUGAAACAGCAAUUAAGGACCAGGAUUUUCAGAAGUCACCUUCCCCCAACGCAAAAGAUUCAAGCAUUAACAAAGAGGCUUCUGCUGCAAACCCAAGCGAAAGCUCAUCCAUGCAUACAUCCUCAAAACGAUCUUGUUUAAACCUCAGAGACUCCAUUACAAUGAGUAAGGAGGACCAGCUUAAGUCCACUAAAGCAGAAAUGGGUGAGGUGAGAGAAGAGAAUGAAAAAUUGAAGACGACAUUAGCCCGCAUCGUUAAGGAUUACCAGUCUCUCCAGAUGCAAUUCUUUGACAUCAUUCAACAAGAGCAAGAAAAGAAACCCACUGAGACCCCACCAGUUCCGAUUGAAGUAGAAGAACCUGAGCUUGUCUCACUGAGCCUUGGAACAAGUUCAAGUGGACACAAGAAGGAAGAGAAGGUAAAAACAAAUAAAAGCAAAGAGAACGAACAGAUUGAAGGAAGCCUGGCUCUUGGACUGGACUGCAAAUUUAAGGGUUCUAGUACUGGUACCAAAGAACCUGGCUCAAACCUGAGCCUUGAAGAUAGCUUUGAGGAGCCAAAGGAAGAAGAGCCCGGGGAGCCAUGGCCCCCUAGCAAGGUAUUGAAGCAUUUGCGAAAUGGUGAUGAAGAAGUUUCCCAACAGCCCCAUGUCAAAAAGGCUCGUGUUUCUGUGAGAGCACGAUGUGAUGCACCAACGAUGAAUGAUGGAUGUCAGUGGAGGAAGUAUGGCCAGAAGGUUGCAAAAGGGAAUCCGUGCCCACGAGCAUACUAUCGUUGCACUGUUGCGCCGGCAUGCCCAGUGAGGAAGCAGGUGCAAAGGUGUGCAGAAGAUAUGUCCAUAUUGAUCACGACCUAUGAAGGGACCCACAACCACCCACUUCCAAUCUCAGCCACGGCCAUGGCGUCUACAACCUCUGCUGCCGCUUGCAUGCUGCUGUCUGGCUCGUCUGCUUCCCGGCCGACCAUCGGAUCUCUCGCCACCCCCUCCGCUGUCAUGACCACCUCUAACGCCAACCUCCAUGGCCUGAACUUCAGCCUAUCAGGCAACUCGAGACCGGGACAGUUCUACCUUCAAAACCCUUCAAUGUCUUCCAACCCUUCUUACUCCACCAUCACGCUAGACCUCACUGCACCCCCAUCAUCCACCUCCCAGCCUUCACAUCUCAGUAUGUUCUCUUCAAACUUUGCCACCUGCACCCCGAGGCACUCCUCGACAGGCUUCAGCUUCUCUUGCUUGGAGUCCCACGCCAUCCCAACAUCUCGGAGCAAUAAUUACCUUGGCUAUGGAAGUCAGCCAUAUAACAAGAGUCCCAUUUGCUCUUUGGGCCUUGGAAGACAACCUCAGGACCCUCUGUACCAGUCCUAUUUGAACAAGGCCGCCAACCCAAGUGCUCCCACUCCAAGCCAGAAUUCACUGGCGGACACAAUUGCGAAGGCUAUCACAUCAGACCCGAGCUUCCGGUCCGUGGUAGCAGCUGCCAUCACGUCGUAUGCUGGAGCCCAAGCUGGUGGAAAGGGCACUCAAGGCCAUGGUCUGAUAUGGGGAGAACAACUCAGUUCAGCUCCCCCCUGUUCAAGUACAGCAACCGGGAAUGGUUGUGCAUCCGGCUACUUGACUCGGUCGAUGGCUUCAAGUUCGAGCCCACAACAAGGGAACCUGACGUUCCCCCAGCCUUCCUUGGGUCUUCCCACCUCCAAGAGUGCCUCUGCCUCUCCAGUGGAUAAUAGGGAAAACACCAACUGAAGGCCCUUUUUGGAUUCAGUUCUAUUUUCAUUUUGUUUUGGGAAUUUUGGAAUUUAUCCAGGCUCAAUAUAUAUGCAGUCACUUGAGAAGCUCUGAAUGAGUGUUGGGGAAUGGGGUAAGAUAAUUAAGGAAGUACAGGUAUUGUUGUUUCAUAAUGUACAGUACAGGCAAGACAACUGGGUCUCUCCAUGCAUGUGAAUAAAAUGGUGAUGGUGAGCUAGGUGUAAAGCAAUAUACCGGGCCUUCAGCUA